AUGCUUUAUCGCGCUGCUCAAAAAACCUUUCAAUCUCCAAAAAUUCUACGGUAUCUGGCAUUUACUUUGUACACACUCGGUGAUUAUGAUGAAGCUGAGUUGGCUUUAGAAGCCUAUAUCACCUUGGUUGAGAAAAUUAGAGAAACAAAAACUGCAGAAUUUUUUAAAAAAAUUCCAUCCACGGAAAAUGAGAAUAAAUUUUCUGAUAAUGAAAGUGUCGAGCAUGUUGUGAAAGUACUGAUUACUGGUUCUGAGAUGAUGGCAAAAUAUUUAUGCAAGUCGGAUAAAACUUUGGAAUAUGCAAACAAGACCUUGACCUGGUGUGAAAUUGACGAUAGUCUUGUGGAUAAUAGAUCAUUUGCUCAAGCUUGGCGUUGUGUUGGUGUUGGAUAUAGUUUAACUGCACGCGAAGUUAUUGAUCCGGAAAACCGUCCUGACCUUCACUCAAAAGCAAUCGAAGCAUUCGAUAAGUCAAUAUCACUUGAUCCGGAUGCUUUUGAAACGCAUUAUCUUCUGGCUUUAGAAUAUGCAAUUACAAGGGACAUUAGUAAAGCAAUUGAUUGCGUUCGACAAGCUAUAGUGCUAGAAAAUGAGAGUGUUCCUUGCUGGCAUUUACUUGUCCUUCUUAUGUCUUCUCAGAAAGAUGUUCAAGGUGCAUUGAAAGCAUGUGAAAUGUGUUUAAAAGAAACGGACCUAGAAAAUACGGAUUUAUCCGUAGAUGAUGGUGAAGAAUUUUUAUCUUUUAAAUUAACUCAAAAUGCCUUACAUGAGUUAGCAAACGGUCCUGAAGCUGCAAUACAGAAUCAUGAAAAACUUUUCAUUUUAUAUGCAAAAAUGUUUCCUGAAUUUACGUUGGUAUCACCAAAUGAUCCUCCAUAUGAUUCAUCUAGCUCACGAAAGCAAAGUAAUGCAUUUGAUGACACUCAGACACAAACUACACAAUCACCAAAGCCCGCAACUAGUGUACGAAGCUUUCCAAGCGUACUCGAAAAGAAAGAUGGUGAUGAAAGUACUGAUGGUUCUAUUUCAAGCAUCGGGUUAGGAAACAAGGAUACACUUGAGGUUCCCAAGACAAAUUAUGCAUCGUCAAUCGCGUCUUCCAGGAACUCGGCAUCAUCUCGUCGUAGUAUAACACCCACAAUUUCCGGUAUUCCAUCCGCUAAAUCGGUGACAUCUUUUAUUGCACCUUCACAACCAAUACUGAAAAUGCGACAUAGAAAACAACGAGCCACUAAAAGCUUAGUGGAUUUAUGGCUUUCUUCUGCAUCGACUUUUCGUCGUCUUGGAAACUUAGAAGAAGCACAGAAAGCCCUAGAAAGCGCUGAAGAGACUGAUAAUUCUAAUCCAGAUUUAUGGUGUCAGUAUUUAUCCAUAUUGUUAAUUGACAAUAAUUAA